GGAAAAUUAGGCCUAGGAGCACUUCAACAACAGCGAGAGAGGAACCCAAAAUGGAUCUCUUAGAGAGGAUCAAAACGAAAUUUGUUUUGCUCAUAUCAUCACUUAUCCUAUAUGGUUAGAUCAUGCAUUUACUUUAUCCGGCUAAUCAAAUUAUUGCAUGUGAUAAAAACUUUUUUUAGUUGCAGCCUACGGAUUUGUAGGACACAUGAACUAUAUAGUAGACAUUGUUGGUUAUGUAAUACAUAACUUUUUAUUUUUCUGCUAAGAUGAUGUAAAUUGUAAUGCGAAACAUACAUCACUUGUUUUUUUAAUACUUUUCUAAAAUCUUACCGGCAUUAGGCAUAUACCAUAUUGGCCCCAUAAAUACCUAAAGUUGGACAAAUAUCAACAUAUAUAAAAGACAUAGCAAAGUCCACUAAAAGGUACAGAACAUCACAUCAUCUAUCUAAUGUCUUCCUCUCGAACACAAUCCUCUUCUUCAUCAUCAUCUUCUUCAGUUUGGCAACUACAAUACAUGAAGCUCCACUUCUUCACCAGGAUUCGUUCUCUUUUGAAAUCCAAAACAUCCUCCCGCAAACGCAACCAUCAAAGCUCACCUGAGAUAUCAAGUGCCCAACAUGAUUCAGAGAAUGUUGUUGCGCCUCCGGAAAUAAUAUCUAAACCACCCGAAGAUCAGAACGAGGAGGUUGUCUUGCAGAAAACUGUGAAGAAGCUUCAUUUUGGAAGCUUGGAAGAGAAGGAGAAAGCUGCCAUCGAGAUUGAGAAACUUGCUAGAGAAGACAAGAAUACUAGGAACCUCAUGGCUGAGCUCGGUGUUCUUCAGGUUCUUGUUUCUAUGGUCGGUUCUGAUAUCGCUGGUCAGCAGAUAGCUGCCGUUAGGGCUCUUAUUCAGCUUUCUCAUGGAUCCAACACGAACAAGGCGCUGAUGGCAAACGCCGGAAUAUGCUCAAAGCUACCCAAAAAUGUCGAAGUUCUCGACCAGUUAACAAGACAUGGCUUCGCGGAGCUUCUCCUAUCAUUGUCGUCUCUAACAAACGCACAAUUACCGGUAGCUUCAUCACUAAUUCUACCGUUCUUGAUGGACACGAUGAACUCAGAUUCAACAGACAUGAAGUGCAAAGAGAUAUGUCUAGCCACCAUAAACAACCUCUGCAUGGUGUUGGAAAACAUAGCACCGUUGGUCAUAAAUGGGGCAGUGCAAACACUAAUAAGCUUAAUGUUGGUAAAAGACUUGGCCGAGAAGGCGUUAGCAAGUCUAGGGCAAUUGGUUGUGACUCAAAUGGGUAAAAAGGCAAUGGAGGAAUGUUUGGCUGUGCCCAAAAGUUUGAUAGAGAUUCUAACAUGGGAAGAUAAACCGAAAUGCCAAGAAUACUCGGCUUAUAUCUUAAUGGUAUUAGCUCAUCAGAGUUGGAGCCAGCGCGAGAAAAUGGCCAAGGCAGGGAUUGUACCGGUCCUUCUUGAAGUGACCUUACUUGGAAGCCCUCUGGUUCAGAAGAGGGCAGUGAAACUUUUGCAGUGGUUCAAGGACGAGAGGAAUGUACGAAUGGGUCCUCAUUCAGGUCCACAAACAAGUCGCGUGAGUUCCGGGAUGGGAUCUCCGAUGAGCCCGAGGUCGGGGGAAGAAGGUAAGAAGAUGAUGAAGAAUCUAGUGAAACAGAGUUUGUACAAGAACAUGGAGAUGAUAACUAGACGAGGGAAUGUGAAUAUGCAGAAGGAAGCUUGUAGGCUUAAGUCAUUGAUCAUCAGCACAAGCUCUAAAAGCUUGACUUAUUGAUCAUACUAUAUUUUCGUGCUCUUAUUUCUUCGCAGUAUAAAGUGAUUAGAGAGUUUCUUGAUCUUGAAUAAACGAAUACUUAUACAAGAGAAAAGAAAUGGUGAAUUGCUCCAAGUGUGUCACUUUUUCUUUUCAGUUCUUUCAUUAAUGAAUAUAUUACAUGCAUGAUAUUACAUGCCCAACAUCUCACCUU